AUGCUAAACCUUAACGUGACGGAAGAAGGUUAUACACUGUGGAUGAGAGAAUCUGUGAAGACCCCUGGCAGGGAUGCUAUCAACAACUCAAGCAACACUGCCCGCAAACAAUCGAAACGACCAGUAGCCUUCCGACUGGUGAUGUACAGAAGUGAUGGUCUGCAAAUCCUCCGCCCCAAUAGCUCCAAACAGGUCGAAACUUCAGAUCCAAUGGAAUUGCCAAGAAGGAUCAGCUACAUGGCAGUUGGAUAUCUUCUCCGUUCUUCGCAAACUCGAUGA